UGUACUUCCGUGUGACUUUUGGUCCGAGUUUUUCCGGACAUUUUACUGAGCUUUCCAAGUGAAUUUUCACGGCCCAGGUUAUCUCUUAUGUUGCAGAACUAAAAUUUGCUCAAUCAGAAGAAGGAUUAGCGUUGAACCAGCUUUUAAACUGUCUCGAGUGUCCCGUCUAGCGGCCUGACCGGUGCGCCCCCCUCCCACAACAGACGACAUUUUUGAUCCAGGGGUUUAACUUCAAGCCACAACAAUGCAGUGUGGACUCGUGUUUGUCGCAGUUUGUUCUUUCUUCAUCUUACCAGCAUGUCAGGGCCAGGGCGACCCUGUUCAGAUGCAGCAGCAACAGCAACAACUACAGCCGGACAUUCCUCACCCGCCAGGUGCUCAGGCAGCGCACGCCCAGCCAGGCCAGGCGGGGCAGCCGGCCUCACGUGCCGCCCACGGUCAGGCAGCCGUGCCGGCCCAGCCCGGGGCUCAGCCCGCCUUCCACCAGGGCAGCUUACCUGAUCCCGGCACCACCGGGCAACAACCGCGAGAGGCACCAAACCCACUACGCAGCAGAGACCAUGUACAAGAUUUGGAUCACAUCAAGGAACACCUGGACCCUUUAGUCGGGAAGUCUACAGCCGAGAUGUCUGAAGAGGAGCUACAGUUCCACUACUUCACCCAGCACGACUACGACAAGAACAACCGACUGGACGGCAUUGAGCUGGUGUCCGCCAUGACGCACUUCCACGACGAGGACCACGACAAGGGCCACGACGGCGUACAGCUCAGCGAAGAGGAGAUCACAUCCACCAUCGACCAGAUCUUACGAGACGACGACAGGAACAGGGACGGGUUCAUCGACUAUGCAGAAUUCAAGGCAUCUCAAACAAAUGAGUCCUAAGGACUACAGAUACUGUAGUCUCUAAAGCAAUACUUGCCAUACUUAGGUACUAGUAAUAUUAGUCUACCCACUUGUAUACAAUGCAAUGUUUAUGAUCUUAGUUAUACAAGGUAGCAGGUCAACUGGACAAGACAGUUGGAGAGAAAGAGAGCCUGAAAUAAGAAAUGACCUUUUUAUAUGUUGGUAUUAAAUGAUUUGAAGAUUGUUCUGAUUCCAUUGUUUUAAGGACUCUUCCAUUUGAAACAUUCAACAAUGCAGUAAGGAUAUUUUUCUAUUAUGAACUUCCCUUUCAUUUCACAUCACUUUAAAGGCACCCAAAGCAAUUUCAGGGCAGUAAAACUGGAUUUUAAAGUCAAUUUAUUGAUUUAAUGUUCAGUAGUAAGUUGAAUCGACCUUAUCCUAAAGCAUACUAACAACAUCUGUGACAGUGUGAGGCAAAAAAUAUCACUGUCAGAGAACCUAUUGUAUUGCAGACUGGUUUGUAUCGUAGGGCUUUAGCAAUUUAUUGGUGGUACCAUAAAAUGAUGGGACUCCUCACGUAGC